CGUACUGGCGCCGUCCCGGCCGGCCCGUUGUUCGCUCGCCGCGCGCGGUUGGCUGGAGAGCGCUGACUACGUCGCGUCUCCAUCAUCUGCUCCGCAAUCCCUAGAUUUUGCAUCGAUCCAUCGGUCGAGCUCCUGAUCCUAUAAUUCACAAGCCUGCGCGCAUAGGCGGGGAGGGGGUAUGAGCGCACGAGCAGCGGAGCAGCCGCAGCCACAACCGUACCUCCUCCGAUCCGACGACCUCCAUAGCCAGCAGCAGCAAGCGAGGAGGGCUCGGCGAGCAUGGGGGCUCCACUGGCUUCCUGGCCAUGGGAGAACCUUGGCACCUACAAGGCAUGCACGAGGACACGAGUGGCCGCCGCCGCCGCUGCUGCUGCAUCUGUCUUUAUUAUCCGCGUGCACCUUCGAUCGAUCGUCGCCGUCCCUGAUUUGUUUCUGGUCUGGUUGUUCACUCGCCGCAGUACCUGCUGUGCGGGCCGCUGGUCGCCAAGGCCGUGGGCGGCAGGGCGUGGGAGCGCGCGAGCCCGGACCACUGGUGCUUCCUCCUCCUCCUCUUCUUCCUCCGGACGGCGACCUACCGCCUCUGGGGCGUCUUCACCAACAUGCUCUUCCUCAACCGCCGCCGCGUCAUCGCCCGGGACGGCGUCGACUUCCAGCAGAUCGACAAGGAGUGGCACUGGGACAACUUCCUGAUCCUGCAGCUCUGGCUGGCGGCCGCGGCCCUGUACGCCUUCCCUUCCCUGAGGCACCUCCCUCCCUGGGACGCGCGGGGCGCGGCCGUGGCGCUCCUGCUCCACGUUGCGGCCACGGAGCCCCUCUUCUACCUGCUGCACAGGGCCCUGCACGGCGGCCGGCUCUUCGCGGACUACCACUACCUCCACCACUCCAGCAGAAUCCUCCAGCCUUACUCGGCUGGGUUCGCGACGCCGCUUGAGAUCCUGGCGAUCAGCGCGCUCAUGGCGGUGCCCGUCGCGGCCGCCUGCGCGGCGGGGCUCGGCUCCGCCUGGCUCGUCUUCGGCUACACGCUGGCGUUCGACUUCCUCAGGGCCAUGGGGCACUGCAACGUCGAGGUGAUCCCCGGGUGGCUCUUCCAGAACGUCCCGGCUGUCAGAUACCUCAUCGCCACCCCGACAUACCAUACUAUUCACCACACCGAUAAGGACAGCAACUUCUGUCUCUUUAUGCCAUUAUUUGAUCUGCUGGGAGGAACACUGAAUGACAAGUCCUGGGAGCUGCAGAAAAGAAACAGCGCAGGGACCGACGAGAUCCCCGGGUUCGUGUUCCUGAUCCACGUCGUGGAUGUGACGGCGUCCCUGCACAACAGUAUGAUGAGCAGGAGCUUCGCCUCGCUGCCGUACCGCGGAGCCACGCCGGCGGCCCUGCUGCACUGGCCCAUCGCGUUCGCGGUCAUGCUCGCGAUGUGGGCGUCCUCCAAGACCUUCGUCGCCUACUUCUACAGGCUCCGGGGGCGGCUGUUCCAGACCUGGGUCGUCCCCAGGUACGGCUUCCAGUACUUCUUGCCGUUCGCGAAAGAUGGCAUCAACAAGCAGAUCGAGGCGGCCAUCCUGAGGGCCGACAAGAUGGGCGUCAAGGUGGUCAGCCUCGCGGCGCUGAACAAGAACGAGGGGCUGAACGGCGGGGGCACGCUGUUCGUGGCGAAGCACCCGGGCCUGCGGGUGCGCAUCGUCCACGGCAACACGCUCACGGCGGCGGUGAUCCUGCGGGAGAUCCCUGAGGGCACGGCGGAGGUGUUCCUGACCGGCGCCACCUCCAAGCUCGGCCGCGCCAUCGCGCUCUACCUCUGCCGGAAGAGGGUCCGCGUCAUGAUGCUGACGGCGUCGGAGGAGAGGUUCCAGAAGAUCCAGGAGGAGGCGCCGCCGGAGGCCCAGCAGUACCUGGUCCGGGUCACCAAGUGCCAGUCGGCCCAGCACUGCAAGACGUGGAUCGCCGGGAAGUGGCUGUCGCCGCGGCAGCAGCUGUGGGCGCCGGCGGGCACGCACUUCCACCAGUUCGUGGUGCCGCCCAUCCUCCGCUUCCGCCGGGACUGCACCUACGGCGAGCUCGCCGCCAUGCGCCUGCCCGACGACGUCCAGGGCCUCGGCGUCUGCGAGUACACCCUGGGCCGCGGCGUGGUGCACGCGUGCCACGCGGGCGGCGUCGUGCACUUCCUGGAGGGGUACGAGGGCCACGAGGUCGGCGCCAUCGACGUCGACCGCAUCGACGUCGUGUGGGAGGCCGCGAUGCGCCACGGCCUGCGCGCCGCCUGAUCGAUCGGGAGCCAGCCGGGCACGCCGCUGCUUCAGCGCGAGGCGAUCCCUUUCAUUCGCAUGCCAGUGCAGAGAUGUCACGUCUGAUCGAAUUCAGUGAACAGCCGUUCAUAAUAAGUACACUAUCAGUGCAAUAAGUGUAACUAACCCCUUGUUUAGUUGCAUAAUUCAAAAAUCCAAAACUAUCACAUCGAAGAGGAAUCUUACAUGCAUGGAGUAUUAAAUU